AUGUCUGCCUCGUCCGAGCCAGGGUCAUUGGCCUUUCAUAACCAGGGCCAUGCCUUGUACAUAGGGGGAAACCAAACUGCGCAAGGAAAUAUCAAUUACUACUACAAUGGUGAAGGGCCCCAACAGGACAGGCCUGUGAACACUGGGCCCAACUACUCCUUCGGGUUGAGCUUGGACGGUGCGCCUCAGAUUGCAGAUGAUCUCUUUGUAGGACGCGAAAGAGAGUUGGUGCAGAUGCAAGAAUUGCUUUCACCCAUAACGAGGGUUCAGAACGUCGUGGCCGUAUCAGGCUUGGGUGGAAUGGGAAAGACACAACUCUGCAUCCAUUAUGCCAAGCAGCACCGUGAAACGUAUUCGUCCAUCUUCUGGCUUAAUGCCAAGGACGAAAGCACCUUGACGGCAGGUAUUUAUAAUUUAGUGAUGCGUGUCGCGGAUGGCUCUUCGUCCCUAUAUACAAGCCAUCUCAACCCAGACGAGGCUGUUAAAUGGUUCCAGUCGUGGUUGUCGAAGUCCGAGAAUAACAGAUGGCUUGUGAUCUUCGACAAUUAUGACGAUCCUGAUAUGCCAGGAAUGCGAAGCGCCACGGGCUAUGACCUCCGUCGAUUCUUUCCACCCAGACAACAAGGUUUUAUCCUUAUCACAACACGUGUCACUCGCUUGAGUUUUGCUACACAAUUGAAACUAUGUAAACUCGAAAAGCCCCGCGAGAGCCUAAUGAUCCUGGCUAAUCGUUCAGGCCGAAAGACCGAGAGCGAUCCACACGCAAAGGACCUGGCUCUGAGGUUGGAUGGGCUACCGCUUGCUCUGGCGACAGCUGGCUCGUACUUAAGUCAGACAACCAGCACAUUUGGCGAUUAUUUACAGUUGUACGAAGACAAACUUGAAGAACUUGAGCAGAACUCCGAAGGACUGUUGGAAUACGAUGAUCGGCGGCUCUGGACCACAUGGGCUAUAUCACUAAAGCAGAUCGAAUCUCAUGAUCCUGAAGCUGUGAAGCUAAUGCAGUUGCUGGCCUACUUCGACAAUCAGCAUAUCUGGUAUGGCCUCCUCCGGCCAGGUGGAGACUGUGGGCUAUCUUGGCUCUCUGAUGUGGUCAGAAACGAGAUAAGAUUCAACCGAGCGAUGGCAAAGCUACAUGACUAUUCGUUAAUCGAUAUCCGACCCGACAGUUACAGCAUACAUGCAUGUGUCCACGACUGGGCAUUAGGCUUCCUAAAUCGCAACCUGGAUUUUGCUUUACAUGGGGUGGCGAUGCAUUGUGUUGGUGUAGAAGCGAUGUUGCCAGGUAACUAUAUAAGAAAUCGACGAUUGCUACAGCAUGCCAACCGCCUUCAGAGUGGCCGCUUGAAAAUUAUGAUGGACAGCAAUAUGGCAAACAUGCAUGACUUAAUCCAUAUAGCUAUCUUGUAUAAUCAGUUAGGUGAGCUCAGCAAGGCAGAGCCGAUAUAUUUACGAUUAUUACAAAUGACACAGCAAAAUGAGUCAAUAUCGACUCAGGAAAAUAUGUUGAUGUGGGAAUUACUUUGCGAAUUGGGUGGCAUCUACGCCUCCCAAGAAAGAUUUGCAGAAGCAGAGGAGUUGUUGCUGAAUGCAUUAGCAGAGCUAAAGAAGUUACAUGGUCUUGAAGAUCUAACGACAAUAGGUAUACUCCACAAGCUAGGUGCUCUCUACUUAGCACAGGGAAAGUUGGAUGCAGGAGAGAAGAUAAUUUUGCAGGAAUUAGCAGGAACUGAGCAGAUAUGCGGUUCUGAACACCAUACGACGCUACGUGCAUUGCAUCUCCUAGGCCACUGUUACAUGAAUCAGGGAAAGAUGGCAGGUGCAGAGUCAAUAUUGCUGCGCGCAUUGACAGGAUUCGAGAAGGUGUGCGGUCUGGAGGAUGAAUCGACGCUGAGCGUAGUUUGGUUGCUAGCUGAACUCUACGUUGAUCAAGAAAAGAUAGCAGAAGCAGUGGAGCUGUCUCAAAGGGGAAUCAAGGGACUUGAGAAGAUACGGGGCUCAGCGACAUUGGGGAUGGCCCGUGAACUUGCUGCGUCCUUCGGGAAGAAAGGAAUGCUAGUUGAAGCUGAGCAGAUGUAUCUGAGGGCACUGGCAGCAUACGAGAAGAUGCUGGGCCCUGAGCACGAACUCACGGUGGAAACAGCAUAUGAGCUAGAAUGUUUUCAGAGGCACAUGAAAUAUUGUGUUCCUGUUUCAAGCCUGUCCGACAGCACGAACAGUACCUCAGCAAGCGAUAUCGAUAACGGAUGGGAGCACCAUAUGACGCUGGAUAGCCUACAGGAUACUAUGAUGGGAUCGACAUCGGAAGCAAUAACAGCGAGGCGAAAUUCUCCUCCCUUGGGGUCUCCGUCUGCGCCGAUCGUGGUCGAUGGCGACAGCGACGGUGACGAUGGGUAUGGAAAGGCCACGGAACAGCGCCGCAAGAGGCGUAAAUUGCAAUGA